UCGAUAGUCUCUGUUUGUUUCUUGACAUACACGCACAUACGGAUGCAUGCUUAUAAAUACGUACAUAGACAAUUCAUUUCUUAUCUCCAAAACACACACACAUACACAACCAUAUCUUCUCUUGUUCUUCCCUCUUCUUGCAGAGAUGGAGAUGCCAACGACUCCGGUUGCAGUUGCCGUUGCGUUUGCAGUCACUGCGUUAGCGAUAUGGGCAUGGAAAGCUCUGGACUGGGUUUGGUUGAAACCGAAGCGGCUUGAAGCUUAUCUGAAGAGACAAGGGAUCACUGGGAAUCCGUACACGUUUCUCGUCGGAGAUGUCAGAAAAGAACUCGGGAUGGUGAAGGAAGCCUCUUCCAGACCCAUCGGUCUGAACGAAGAUUUCGCGCCACGUGUUGCUCCUUUGCUGAUGGAAACUGUCAAGAACCAUGGGAAGCUGUCAUACAUGUGGAUUGGACCGACUCCAACGGUGAUCAUAAUGAAACCAGAUCACAUUAAAGAAGUGUUCAACAAAGUUUACGAUUUCCCGAAGCCUCCUUCGCAUCCUAUGGUCAAGUUGCUGGCGAGCGGCGUGGCGACUUAUGACGGAGAGAAGUGGUCUAAGCACAGGAAGAUAAUCAACCCUGCCUUUCACCUUGAAAAGCUCAAGAAAAUGGUUCCGGCCUUGUACGAGAACUGUGGGGAGGUGAUAAGCAAAUGGGAGAGGCUGAUACUGGAGGGUGGAUCAUCGGUAGAGGUGGAUGUGUGGCAAGUUCUCGUGAGUAUGACAGCAGAUGUGAUUUCUCGGACAGCAUUCGGUAGUAGCUAUGAAGAAGGUAAACAAAUCUUCGAGCUCCAGGAAGAACAAGCCAAGAGAGUUCUUCAAGCACUUCAGAUGGGUUUUAUCCCUGGAUUCAGGUUUCUACCAACGAAGAACAACAAAAGGAUGAAAGAGAUUGACAGAGAAGUGAAGUGGAGAUUGAGAGAGAUCAUCAAUAAAAGAGAGAUGGUGAUGAAAACUGGUGAAGCUCCAGAGGAUGAUCUAUUGGGCAUACUUCUAGAAUCGAACUCCGGAGAAGGUGGUAUGAGCAUCGAGGACGUGAUCGAAGAGUGCAGGUUGUUUUACUUGGCAGGACAAGAAACCACAUCGGUUCUCCUUGUCUGGACAAUGAUUUUGUUAAGUCAACACCAAGAAUGGCAAGCCAGAGCCAGAGACGAAGUCCUGCAAGUCUUCGGACAGGAAAAACCUGAUUUUGAUGGACUUUCUCAUCUCAAAACAGUGACAAUGAUCUUGAACGAGGUUUUCAGGCUAUACCCACCGGUAGUCCUUCUAGGUCGAUCCACAGACAAAGAAACAAGACUAGGAGACAAGACACUCCCCUCCGGUGUCCAAAUUGCAGUUCCAAUGCUACUGGUUCAUCAUGAUCCUGACCUUUGGGGCGAAGACGUUCUCAAAUUCAAACCCGAGAGAUUUGCAGAUGGGAUCUCUAAGGCAACAAAGAACCAGUUAUCGUUCUUGCCAUUCGGAUGGGGACCAAGAAUCUGUCCAGGACAGAACUUUGCAAUGACUGAAGCCAAGAUGGCUUUGUCGUUGAUUCUACAGAGAUUCUCGUUCGAGCUGUCCCCAUCAUACAAACAUUCGCCUCAUAUGGUUCUUACGCUUCAUCCGCAGUUCGGCGCCCAGUUAAUCUUCCGUAAGCUCUAAGGUACCGAAACUAUCAGGUUCCUAUGUAAGGCUACAGAGUUACACAAUGGACAAGGUGACGUUGGAACCAACAAAUCAUAUCGUAACUUACAGACACACCUUUCUUGUUGCACUUCAUCAAACAGAAAAAGGGCCAUAUUUCAGUAUACACUUGUCGCAGAUGUUCGCGUUCAGUUCUUAGAGGAAUUUCUUGUCUAGUAGCUAAAAGCUGAUAUGAAUUUGACUUCACAACGAAGGCAACAAAAGAAAUCUCGGCUUGAAAGAUC